CCCAUAUAUGCGUGGCCAUUUUGACUGAUGUGUUGCCGAAAAAAACGCGUGUAGUUCGGGUAUCACGUCCAAGAAUUCUUUUAUUUGUUUGCUUAAUAAAUUAAAAGAAACGGUAAAGUAAUAAUCAAUAAAUAUUCCAAGUACUCAACAUACUUGUGAAUCAAAUAUCUAAUAAAAGUUCAACAAGUAAAAAGAGAUCUAGAACAGAAGAAAAAAGAAGGCCGAAAAAAUGGCUCAAGACAACAGCAACAGCGAUAUGCCUGCAAAAUUCUCAACAUUAAAUGUUAAUGCUGUGGAAUUUGUACCGAGCUUCAGCUUUGGCGGACCACCACCUACCGCUGCAGCACCACCAGCUGCAGCUGCUGCUCCGCCCCCAAUAAUUGCACCAUCAACUGGCACAACAAACAGCACCAACAACACUCCCACAGAGCCUCUUCAUCUUCAACCGGAUUCUAUGGACUCCUCGCCCGACACCCAGCCGCAGUCAACCUCGUCUCCUCCGGCCGCUACAACUCCAACAAUACCUCAACAGCAAUUAUCACCUUCAGGUGCCGCCGAGUCCAUCAUCCCAGAAUUAUUUGAGAAACUUCCCGAGAAUAAUGCUGAAAACGAUCCAAGCGACAGUUGGGAUGUCGAAGAGGAUCCCAUCAUUACUCCAGAUGAAGAAGAAGCCGACGAAAUUGAGGAUGGUGAAGCCGAAGGAGAAGCAACACCAAAAAUUUCCAAAAAGAAACCACCAAAAAUCGAGGACACUAAGAGCAAAAAGGAACACGUUAACGUUGUAUUCAUCGGUCAUGUUGAUGCUGGUAAAUCAACAAUCGGUGGACAAAUCAUGUCACUCACAGGUAUGGUAGACAAGAGAACUCUAGAAAAAUACGAACGUGAAGCUCGUGAAAAGUCCCGUGAAAGUUGGUAUCUAUCUUGGGCUUUGGAUACAAAUCAAGAGGAACGUGACAAGGGAAAAACUGUGGAAGUAGGCCGAGCCUUUUUUGAGACUGAACGCAAGCAUUUCACAAUUCUCGAUGCUCCUGGUCACAAGAGUUUCGUUCCAAAUAUGAUUGGUGGUGCUGCGCAAGCCGAUUUAGCCGUUCUUGUGAUCUCAGCUAGAAAAGGAGAAUUCGAAACCGGAUUCGAUCGUGGAGGGCAGACACGAGAGCAUGCUAUGUUAGCAAAAACUGCCGGUGUAAAACAUCUUGUCGUAUUGGUCAACAAAAUGGAUGAUCCAACUGUUAGUUGGGAUGAGACUCGAUACAACGAAUGCAGAGAUAAAAUUUUGCCCUAUUUAAAGAAAUUGGGCUUUAAUGCCGGCAAGGAUUUGACAUUUAUGCCUUGUUCAGGUCUAAAUGGUGCAGGUCUACGUGAUUCGGUGCCAGAAUGCCUAUGCUCAUGGUAUAAGGGACUUGCAUUUAUUCCAUUUAUUGAUCAGUUGCCUUCGUUGAACCGUAAACUAGAUGGACCAUUUAUAAUGCCCAUUGUUGAUAAGUACAAGGAUAUGGGUACAGUUGUUAUGGGAAAAGUUGAAUCGGGAUGCGCUAAGAAGGGUCAAAAUCUUUUAGUUAUGCCUAAUAGGACGCAAGUUUCUGUGGAUCAAGUGUGGACCGAUGAUGAUGAAGUAACAGCUGUGGGUCCUGGUGAAAAUGUUAAAAUUAAACUGAAGGGAAUUGAAGAAGAAGACGUAUCACCUGGAUUUGUCUUAUGUGAUUUCCAUAACCCAAUUAAAACAGGAAAAGUCUUUGAUGCCCAAGUUGUGAUUCUAGAACACAAAUCAAUUAUUUGCGCGGGUUAUUCUGCUGUUAUGCAUAUUCAUUGUGCGGCAGAAGAAGUUACGGUCAAGGCACUCAUUUGUUUGGUUGACAAAAAGACCGGAGAUAAAUCAAAAACACGUCCAAGAUUUGUUAAACAAGACCAAGUUGCAAUUAUGAGAAUUGAAUGUUCUGGAAUGAUAUGCCUUGAACAAUUUAAACUCUUCCCACAAAUGGGAAGAUUCACUCUUAGAGAUGAAAAUAAAACUAUAGCCAUCGGCAAGGUGUUGAAAGUGAUCGAAUAAAUUCGCAUAUAUUUUUACUAUGCGACAAAUUAAACAAAAAAAAUACCAUAACAAUGUUUUUCUUUUUCGGUUCGUUAUCCUAAAUAUUUAACAUUUUCGCGCAGAUGAAACUAUAAACAUAUUAAAAGAAACAGAAUGCAAGAAAAAAAAUAAAAAAAGAAAUCGAAACUACUUACUACUUUGUAUUUUAAAAAGAACAAAUGAAAAAAAAAUUAAAUUAAAACAUUUUAAUCACACACGUACAGUACACUCCCGACAACACACACACACACGCAUACACACAUUUUUAUGACACUGAAAUUAAAAAGAAAUAAUAAUAGAAAAACAAACAAAUGGAAAGAAAUAAGCAUAACAGAGAAAAGUUAGUUUUUAUUAAAAAGAAAAUUAUAAUUAUAUAUUAUUAUUGUAACUAAUUAUGAAUGUCGAAACUAUAUUGAACAAUAAUGUGUGGAGAAUGAUGGCAUCUCUUUGAUAUUAUUUUUUUUCUUGGUUUUGCUUUCUUUUAAAAAACUAAAUUAAAAGAUGAAAUUGCAAACAAAAAUAUUAUCCAAAAACUAUUGCAGGAUAAUAGUUGUUCUUUUAUUUUUGUUGUUGUUGAAGAGUUCGGCUUUGAGUUUGGACAUUUCUUUUUCUUUUUUUGCUAUGAUACGUAAAUAGUCAUUUUUUAUUAUUAAACAUAAUCAUUUUUUUUUUAAAUUAUGGUGAUGGUCCAUCCAAACAGUGUUAAAGUUAAGCCGGCUUUAUCGUUGUUAGUUUGAUAGAAGCAAUUUGAAAUGAAUAACACUACAUUAUUGUCUAAACUAUAUUAAAAUAUAAUAGAAAUAAGAAAAAACCGAAUCAAUAAAAGCAAUAACAAAUAACGGCCGUCAUCGAUAAAUAUAUAUUAUAUAUUUUUAUUUUAUUUAAUUUAAUUUUGUAUUAAAUUUCUAUUAACUUCUUUUUGUUUUUAUAUUUGAUUUUAAUAGAAUGAACACAUAAAAAGAAUUAACAAACAUUCUUCACAGCCUCUUUUUCACAGUGAAAUCCAAUUUCACCAAGUGAAUAUAUUUUAUUGAAGUUUUAAAUCAUGUUAUAUUGUUUAAGGAAUGAAUCUUUCUUAAACUUAAUUUUACAUUAAAGAAAAUAAAAAAAGAAAGAAAAACAAAAAAUAAAUACAUAUUUAUUCUUAUAUGCGUAAGCAAAUUAAAAAACAAUGUUGUUUGUACUUACACAUAUAAUUAUAAAUGUAUAUAUAUAUUUGAACUAUUUAACACGACCUAUGCAAGUAAAAAACAAAAACAAAAACAAAUAAUUCAAGAAUAGAAGUAAACAAGAAAAUAAAUACUACUAAAGCAGAGUGUAUAACAGCUAAACAAAAUAUAUUAAAAAUAAAAAACAAACAAAAUAUUUUAUCAAAUUGCUUAAAACGUUAUGGCUUGAUUGUAAUAAGGCAUCAACAAACUUAAAGAAAAAGAAAAGAUUGUUUUAUGAGAAUACUUGCAAAAAAAUAAUUAUAAAUUGAACAAACAAAACGAAAAAAGGAAAAAAAAAUAUUUAUACACAUAAAUACGCUGAAGAAUUUUUUUAUUAAACUAAAAAAUAUAAAGAAAAAUAUUUAAAAUUGGA